UUGGAGUUGAGCGACAACGUCAUUUCAGGAGGCCUGGAGGUCCUGGCAGAAAGGUGUCCAAAUCUCACAUAUCUAAAUCUAAGUGGCAACAAAAUCAAAGAUCUUGGCACUGUGGAAGCUCUUCAAAAUCUGAAAAACUUGAAGAGCCUUGACCUGUUCAACUGUGAGAUUACGAACCUCGAGGAUUACAGAGACAGCAUUUUUGAGCUGCUUCAGCAAAUCACGUACCUGGAUGGAUUUGAUCAGGAAGACAACGAGGCACCGGACUCGGAAGAUGACGAUGAUGAGGAAGGAGAUGAAGAUGACGGUGAUGAAGAUGAGGAUGAAGCUGGCCCUCCAGGAGAGUAUGAAGAGGAAGAUGAUGAAGAUGAUGGAGGUUCAGACUUGGGGGAAGGUGAAGAGGAGGAGGAAGUUGGCCUUUCAUACCUGAUGAAAGAAGAGAUUCAGGAUGAAGAUGAUGAUGAUGACUACGUUGAAGAAGGAGGUGAUGAGGAGGAAGAAGCAGAGGGCGUUCGAGGGGAGAAGAGGAAACGAGACCCUGAAGACGAAGGCGAGGAAGAGGAGGAUUAA